AUGAUGCGGUGUUUUCUAGAUAAGCAAAUGGCUCCUUCCGACUUUGCGAAGGCGAACAUCGAGCAAGUGUUGAACACGCUCACGACAGACGAAGCGAUCUCGUUGACUGCGGGUGUCGGAUUUUGGCAUACCCAUGCGAUAGAGAGGUUGGGGAUACCUGCUGUCAAGGUCAGCGAUGGUCCAAAUGGGAUCCGAGGAAACCAUUUCUUCAUGGGCACACCGGCGAAGUGCCUUCCCUCUUCCACUGCGAUUGGUGCCACUUGGGACCCCAAACUCGUCGAAGAAGUUGGCUUGAAGCUCCUUGCUGAAGAAGCGAAGCUCCGGUCCGCAUCCCUUGUUCUUGCCCCAACUUGCAAUAUACAACGCAAUCCGCUUGGAGGACGAAGCUUCGAGAGUUUCUCCGAGGAUCCUUUCCUGUCCGGUAUCAUCGCCUCAGCGUACGUCAAGGGAGUCCAGAGUGGUGGCAUAGGAACUACUAUCAAGCACUUCGUUGCUAACGACAAGGAAGAUGAUCGCAUGGCAUACGAUAGCAUACUUAGCGAACGUGCUCUUCGCGAAAUCUACCUUAUGCCGUUUAUGCUGGCCCAGAAGCAUGCCCAGCCUUGGGCUUACAUGACGGCUUACAACCGUGUAAAUGGAACUCAUGCCUCCGAAAACGCCUUUCUGCUCAAGAAACUCCUCAGAGAUGAAUGGAAAUUUGACGGCAUGGUAAUGAGUGACUGGUUUGGCACCUUCGGUGUUGAUCCGGCUCUUAAAGCAGGCCUCGACCUCGAGAUGCCCGGAACCAACAAGUGGCGAACGCUCGACUACGUCAACCGUUUGAUUGUAGCCAGGAAGGUCAACGUUCGCACCAUCAAACAGCGCGCGAAGCAAGUCCUAGAGCUUGUACAGAAGUGUGCUCAAGGUGCUCCCGAAGUUCUCGACGGUGAUGGUGCCGAACGUACCGUCGACACCCCAGAGUCGACCGAGCUGUUGCGCAAGGUUGCGGCGGAGUCGAUUGUUCUCCUCCGGAACGAGAAUUCCGUCCUGCCUCUGAAACCUCAAGAGCUGAAGAAGAUUGCUAUUGUUGGCCCUAAUGCGAAGGCCAUCGUGCUUAGCGGUGGUGGCUCUGCAGCGCUCAAGGCGAGCUUCUUCAUCACGCCAUUUGAGGGCAUCGUCAAGGCCCUCGACGGAUCUGGCGCGGAAAUCACCUACAGCGAGGGUGCAAGAGCCUACAAGACUAUGCCUUCACUCGACUACGAGAUGUUCACAGCUUCCGGACAGCGCGGAUGGGUUGGGACAUGGCACAAGCACGAGAGCGACGACAGCCUCGUUCCCCUAGACGAGGUCAUCCAAGAGCAAGUUAUUGAUGAGACGCGGAUAUUCAUCAGCUUGUCGACGCCUCCAGGCAUCACGAAGCGAUGGACGUUGAAGUUGCGUGGUCAACUCAAGCCGAGAGACAAGGACUGCAAAUUCGAAUUCGGGUUGACCGUUGCCGGUCGAGCGAAGCUUUUCGUCGAUGGAAACCUCGUCAUCGAUAAUUGGACACGUCAACGACGUGGUGAGGAUUUCUUUGGCGUGGGUACAGUUGAGGAGAAAGGCACGUACGACCUCAAAGCCGGCGCGAAGCACGACAUCCUCGUCGAGUUCUGCAAUGUCCGUGGGCCUGCUGAUGGUGAUGAAGAUGAGGCUGUUAUGGAUAGUAACCCCGGUGUACGACUUGGUGGCGCUGAGGUCGAGGACUCCGAUGCUUUGCUCGAGAGCGCGGUUUCCCUUGCCAAGGAGGCGGACGCGGUCAUCGCUGUCGUUGGUCUCAAUGCCGAUUGGGAAACCGAAGGAUAUGAUAGGACCACGCUCGCGCUGCCAGGGAGGACAGACGAGCUGAUCGCGAAGGUCGCAGCGGCGAACAAGAAUACGGUUGUGGUCACUCAAUCUGGCUCUGCUAUCACGAUGCCCUGGAGUGAUUCCGUCCCUGCGAUCGUGCACGCCUGGUACCUCGGCAACGCCUCUGGAGACGCUAUCGCGGACGUUCUCUUCGGGAAACACAACCCUUCCGGAAAACUGUCGCUCACUUUCCCCAAAAGAGAGGAGGAUAUCCCGUCCUUCGGACACUUCCACAGCGAGGAUGGCAAGGUUCGAUAUGCGGAGGACUUGUAUGUGGGUUAUAAGCACUACCAACACCGAAAUAUCGCACCGCUGUAUGCCUUCGGUCACGGUCUCUCAUACACGACGUUCUCACUGUCCAACCUCCAACUUUCGGCGCCCUCAAUCUCGAACAACGAGUUCAAUCUUGUCGUUUCUCUCAACGUCGCGAACACGGGCUCCGUCGCCGGCUCUGAAGUUGCACAGGUCUACAUUGCACCUCCAACGACUUCCGCCCUAUCCCAUCCUCCUCUGCAGCUCAAAGGAUGGAACAAAGUUCGGGACCUCGCACCUGGCCAGGAGGAGAAGAUCGAAGUAGUGCUCGACAAGUAUGCCGUCUCGUAUUGGAGCGAGGAUCGCGGCGUCUGGGCCGUCGAGAAGGGGGUGUACGGUGUUAAAGUUGGGACCAGCAGUGACAAGUUGGUGUUGGAAGAAAUCUUUGAGAUCAAGGAUGGAUUUGAAUGGACGGGAAUUUGA